AUGAUUUCGAAUGCUUUGAGAUAUCCAAGAAUUUGUAAGCAACAUUUUGAAGAUACAAAAACGAUUCCAAUCGCAAAUUUGAAAGAUAUUGUAAGUUUUCCACUCGAUUUUUUUCACCAAAAAAUGUGUUUUUUCAGAAUCUCCUACCGUGUUGCAUGUAUUGUAAUAACUCUCAAAUCCCGCCUUGUUUGGAUAUUGUCACAAUUCCUGGUUCAUCUGUCGAAGCCAGAAAAUGGAGAAAAUAUUUCGGAAUUCGAUCGAGAAAAACGGAUUUGUAUAUUUGUUUGAAAAAUAUUGGAAAAGUCUGA